UUUUUUUCUUUUUAGCAUUUGGUUGUGCUUCUGAAAAAUCCCUCGACGAGACUGUGCAGAGGUGACGUAGAUAGUUGGUCACAUUGCGAGUAUUUCAGUGAAUACGGUGAGACGUGCUGGAGAAGGAUGUCGAGUGGGUGUGUUUGUGACACAAAUAGUGAUCUAGUGAAGAAAUGUGAGGUAUAUUUUGCAAUUAAGAGUUUAGUUGAGAGAUAUCUAACAUGAAUUGACCAUUAAAAGUGGCUCCGUUGGAAGAGAAUUCACUCCAACAUAGAUUAAAAUCGCAAAUAUGUAAUUGAGUAACCAAGGAGGAAAAAAUAACCGAGGCAAAGAAAAAUCGGCCAUAUAGUGGAAAAGCUCAUUGUUCCAUGCUGUAAAAGAGAGUAUCAAAUAUACUAAAUCCUCAAUGGGUUAAAGUGCUGGAAUUUUUUUUAAAGUGAUCGAGUAAAAUCGAUUAAAAAAACGCGCAUAGUUUAAUAAUAAUCGUAAUAUAAUUAUCUUUAAAGUAAAAUAUAUUAGAAAUUUUUAAAAGCCAAAAGUUGUUAAAUAGUGCUUGUAAAUAAUUUAAUGAAUAAUAACAAUAAUUUUUGUAAUACACACAACACGGCUAAGAAUAAGAAGGAAAAAUGUCCAAUUCGCCGGAGAAUAAUAACGAUAUCUCAAAGAAAAACGGCAGCAGAGAGAUUGCUGAUCUAUUCAGCGAUGCUUUGUUCGACCGUAAAGGAAUUAAUGGCCACUAUACACCAGCUGAUAAUUACAGACCAUUUACAAUUUUUGGACAUGAAAACGACAAUGACAGACUGUCGGUGUUGCCAGCUUCCACGACAGGCUCCCUAAGCUCAAUCACCACGACGUCCGUGGCAUCUUCGGAGCCAGAUCGAGGACUAGAGCCAGGCGGCGGAGGUGGUGAUAAUGGUGAUGAGAAAUUAACGAGGGGGGAUGACCUACCAUACCGACAGGAAGAAUGGUGGCAGACAACUCUGCAGGUGUCUAUCCCCUUUCUUAUUGCUGGAAUUGGGACGAUUGGUGCUGGAAUCAUUUUAGGACGUGUUGAGCAUUGGAAGGUCUUCAUCCAUAUUUCAGAGUUGUUCAUUCUGGUACCGGCUCUGCUUGGCCUCAAGGGUAAUCUAGAUAUGUGCCUGGCAUCUCGGCUGUCGACUCAAGCAAAUCUUGGCAAUAUGAACUCCGCACGAGAGAUUGUACAAAUGGUUAUUGGGAAUGUUGCUCUGGUUCAGGUGCAAGCAACAGUGGCAGCCUUCAUUGUGGCAAUUUUUGCCAUAAUCGUGGGUGCUGCCAUGAAUGGGAUUUUCGAAUUUGAUCAUGCUAUGCUCCUGAUUGCCUCCAGUAUGUUUACAGCGACAUCAUCGUGCUUUGUUUUAGACUUCGUAUUAGUGGCUGUGAUAUUACUAUCUAGUAGAUUUAGAAUGAAUCCGGACAAUUUAGCCACCCCAUUGGCGGCGUCCAUUGGAGAUGUAGUCUCAAUCAGUCUAUUAUCUUUUAUUGCAUCAUUGCUUUUUGAGAAUUUAGAAACACAUAUUUGGGUAACUUUUGUUGUGGUUGUUGGAUAUUUUAUCUUGCUGCCAUUCUGGAUCUAUAUUGUGUUUCGCAACAAGUAUACGAGACCUGUACUGUCAACUGGAUGGGUGCCUGUCCUAUCGGCCCUCUUUAUCAGUGGACUCGGCGGUUUAGUUCUAGAUGCUGCUGUUGGUGUUUACGAUGGGUUUGUGGUAUUUCAGCCCAUUAUUAAUGGAAUUGGUGGCAACCUUGUGUCAGUGCAGGCUUCAAAGAUAUCAACGAUGCUUCACCAGAGUUCCAUACUAGGAAUCAUUCCGCCGCACACGAAUGUUUUUGAAUUACCUUGGAGGGCUCUCUUCAAUGGAGUUCCGUAUGCCAAAUCGGCGAGGAUUCUUAUCUUAAUGUCAAUUCCUGGACAAGUGCUAUUUAUUUUUGUUGCUGAUUAUAUUCACAUGUCAUCGUCAACAAUAGGAGUUCCGUUUAUAUUCUCAUACCUGACAGUUAGUUUGAUUCAAAUAAUGUCCUUGCUAUAUAUUGCUCACAUAAUAAUUCACGCUAUGUGGAAGUGGAAGAUUGAUCCCGACAACUCGGCCAUUCCCUACUUGACAGCUCUCGGUGAUCUGCUUGGUUCUAGUCUCCUACUCAUAGCCUUCCUCUUCCUCACCACAAUCGGUCACGACUACGGUGAGGGACAGGAGGCUAUUGGACCACCGACAGCCGACUCACAGCACAGUUCUGACAUCUUCGGGACGUAUUAAAAUACAACAGAAAAAAAAGAUAAAAAUGUAGCCUUGUGUAAUUGUGUGUUAAACUAUAAUUCAUUUAAUUUGUUACCAACUCUAGUAUUUUAAUCCUCUUCAAAAAGGAAGAAAGAAAAAGGAGACCCUGUAGCAUGAGCAGAUGAAAAAAAAAUCCUAAAAGAAAUUCACAGAAGAUUUCUGAGGAUUUCUUAAGCACACCGAUUCCUCAUGUUUUGAAAUACAAAAAAAAAAUAGAGAAAAAGUAUUUUGUGAGAGAGAUAGAGAACGAAAGAAUGAAACUAGCAAGUGUUUCUCAUUUUUUUUUAAAUACUAAGUUAGAAACCCAUUGAUGAUAAAAUAACAAAACAAAUUAAUGUUUAUUAAUGGUAUUUUUUCCAUCUUUCUCUUUUAUUUUCGAAAUGAGUGAGUCCUGCGAUAUUUUUUCCCCUAGAAUUCAUUUGUGGAAAAUGUACUUUAUAAUUCUGCACAUCAUCUUUUAAUUUGCAAUUUCGAAUUUAAAGACAAUCUUAAAGUCUUCUUUUUUUAUUAAAAAUAAAUAUAUUAUUUUUGAUAUUUGAUUGUGUACAAAACUACAGAAAAUUAUAUAAUUUACUCAUUUGCGUGCUUACUGAAGAUAAAAGAGGUUCACUUACUUCGAACACAGAUUUUAGAUCAUGUGAUAAUUCUUAUCUAGGAUUGCAUCAAACCUACCAGUAAUUAUGUUUCAAAUGUGGAACUUUCAGAUUUUUUUUCAAAUCGCUAAAUAUAGCUGUAUUAAUUUAAAUUUCAGUUGAUUGGCGAAAAAAUGUGAAAACUGUUAUUCUAAUUAAGAAACUUUUCCAUUGAUUUUUUUGCCCUUCUUCUUUGCAUUGUAGAUUUCUCGAAUAAAAUUGAAUAUUAUGGGUUUCGAAAAAA